UUGGCCAAAAUGGCAGAAACCAGACCUGGAAACCAUGAGAGGGGCUGGAAUGACCCACCUGUAAUCUUACACAACCCAUCAGCUGAAAACAGGACUCCAAAGAAAAAUUUAUUGAACAAGCGAGUCGCCUAUCCUGCUGGCAGUAGUGGAAGUGGAACUGUGAAUCAAUCACCUGGACCAGGACCAGGCUCUAACAAUGCUAGUACACCUCCCACUGCUCCUACUCCUGGUACAGUCACAUCACCUGGACUGCCUCAGUCAUCACCAGCCCCACCAAAACCUGCUGUAUUCUCGCCAGCAUCCAACAGUACCAGCAUUUCCACGCCAAAACUGCCAGCAAACAGCAAUAUUGGGGAUGAAGUAGAAAAGCUGGGAACAGUUUUGGAGAAAUUGGAGGAGAUUCAAAUUCAGUUAAAACCAAGAGUGCAAGCGGAUAUAAAAAAAAGAUUGACCAUAUUCCAGGAGUUUUGGAAAGAUGGGAAAAUUUCAAGUCAUGUAAAAUUAAAGAUGAUGGCUCUUGCACAAGCUUUAGAAGCUAGAAACUGUGAUGAGGCUCACACCAUCCAUCUUGGUUUGAUGCUGGAUUAUACUAAUGAAGUCGGACAGUGGAUGGUUGGAAUAAAAAAGCUGAUAUACGAAACCAGAAGUCUUCCUAAACCUGUGGUUGAACAGGAAACUGUGGGAUGUGUUGAUGUAAACGGAGAUGCUACUAACAAUUCAAACUCAGAGUCUGUUAACUCAAAGUCAAAUGCUGAAUCUUCAAUCCAAAAUCCUACAACUUUAAUCUCAAACCCUGAAACUGCUGUUUCAAAAAUGGAGGAUGUGACCUUGAACUCUGAGGUUGAAAUCUCAAAUCUUGAAUCUGUUUCCUCUAUGACUGAAAAUCCGGAGGACAAAAUUUCAGCAGAUUCGGAAAGAUGUUCUGAAAAAGUGGAGAGUGAUCUGCCUGAAUGUGACCGAGUUUCAAGAAGUACUUCUGAAAGCACAGAAUCAGGCAUAGGAUUUUGAUUGAGAGUGGUCUUUUUAACAUGCUUUAGCAGUUGGUACAUAUUGGCAAUGCAAGAUUCUUUGUUGCUAUCAGUGGAUAUUUCUGUCAUGUUAUGUAAUAAUGGUUAAACUGCAAAUUUAUUUCACGGAUUCAAAAAAAUGGUGGCAUACCUUUAUAGCGAUAUGCAGUAUCUUAGAUGACAAUUUCAAGAAUGUUGAAGUGCCUUCUUUGGGCUUGGUUAACUUUGGUUAACUAUGCCAUCUUGUGGAAUGAUAUUAACUAUUGGCCAAGCUUCAAUUUAUUAACUGGUCUUCAGGUCUGUUCUGUGAUAUGUUGUAUAUGCUUUUGAAAAUGCGUGGACGUCCUGUUUUCAACUUGAAUAAAUUUUCAUUAUCUAUAUAA